AUGGGUAGAAAACUUUGUGCUGUGCUUUCUUGUAAUAAUACAGGAAAAGAAAAUCUUGGAAUUUUAUUCCAUAGAUUUCCAAGUGAUCAAAACGUAUGUAGUCAAUGGGUGAAACUAACACAAAAUAAUAUAAUUAUUAAUAGUUUUGAACAAAAGGGACUGGAUUCGGUAAAAUACAAGUUGAUAUGUUCAACACACUUUAAAAAUCAAGACUAUUCAAUUUGGAACGAUGUUGGAAAUAGAAUGUUAUUGUAUAAAGGAGCGAUUCCGUCAUUAAAUCUACCUACUUCUGUGUAUUGUAACAAUACUGUGUUGGAUAAGCAGGAUACAACAUCAAUUUGGCGUCCAAAUGUUUUGAGUCCGUUAUUAAAGAAAAUGCUGAAUAACACAAAUCUUGAUGGUAGACCGUUCAGUCAGCAACCGAAAGUAUUAAGUCCAAAAGUUAAUAAAAUGUUAUGCGACAUUUAUAAAAAUUUUGAUAAAAGUUUACAGCAACCUGAAGAUACUUCCUGUAGUUUAAUAUCCAAGUCUUCAAUUAGUUUAACAAUUGACUCUGAAAAUAAUAUAAACAAUGAUGAAGAUCUUGGCGUGUCCAAUUUAGUCGAUGAGAACACACCAUAUAGUGAAUUAGUUCAACCUUCAAAUGUUAAGGACGAAACAAGUAAAUCAUUUACUAUUAAAUACUUUUAUGUUUUAGUAUAUGACUAG